AUGGACGGGAUCAGAAAUGUCUCCAACCAGGUAGGCCCUGGCGAUCGCAUUACAGUUGUUCUGAUAGGGCAUGGUACCCAGAGAGACGGCGCUGUCACGCUUUAUCCUCAGCACGCAAAACAGGAGUUUCUGUCCAAAGCUGAGAUGAUUGCCGCGCUCUCUGUCUUGCCGCCUGAUGUCCGUCUCCUGAUCGUCAACGAGGCCUGUUACUCCGGCACGUGGACCAUGAUAGCCCCGGAGGUAGGCACCCAGCGAGAUGUGCUUGUCGAGACAGCAGCCACCCUCGGCGAGCAGUCCUGGAGCUAUACCUCGGGCUCCGGCCGAAACCGGUGCUCUUUAUUCGGAGCAGCGUUUGUGGAGGAGCUUACCACCCAGCAUCACAGUCGAAUAGUCGACGAGAUGCGCUAUGUUGGGCCUGACCAGAUCACCUCUGCACCGCUGGUGAUCUCCAGCCGCGCUCUUCUGUCCCACAAUAUCUCGCAUUUCAUCCUCGCACCAAAAAUUGCGGCUGCGAUCACGAAUGUGGCUUCUGCUCCGGAUCGUCAUGAGGAAUUUCUGCAAUCACAGACUUCUGCCCGGACUUUUUGGAGAAGACUUCGUCGCAGGAUGAGUUUAGAACGAGAACCAGCGUGGAGAAAGAGGUGCUUGGGUUUCUGGCUUAGUUUGUGUGUUUCUCGCUCUCCUUUCCGUUGCUAG